GAUGUCCUCCCCGAGUACAAGCUGCAGGCGCCGCGGAUCCACCGCUGGACCAUCCUGCACUACAGCCCCUUCAAGGCGGUGUGGGACUGGCUGAUCCUGCUGCUGGUCAUCUACACGGCCAUCUUCACCCCCUACUCGGCCGCCUUCCUCCUCAACGAGCAGGAGGAGGCUCAGCGCCAGCACUGCGGCUACUCCUGCAGCCCCCUCAACGUGGUGGAUCUCAUCGUGGACAUCAUGUUC